AUGAAUCCCAUGACGCAACUGUACUACAAGAAAGCCAGCUACUCGCCGUACCGCGACCGCAUCCCGCUGCAGAUCGUCCGGGCGGAGGUGGAGCUCUCUCCGGAGGAGAGGGCGUACCUCACGGCGGUGGAGAAGGGCGACUACGCCGGGGUGAAGCUCGCCCUGGAGGAGGCGGAGAUCUACUACAACAUCAACGUCAACUGCCUGGACCCGCUGGGACGGAGCGCCCUGCACAUCGCCAUCGAGAACGAGAACCUGGAGGUGAUGGAGCUGCUCCUCAACCACGGGGUGCACGUGGGAGACGCGUUGCUCUACGCCAUCCGCAAGGAGGUCGUAGGAGCCGUGGAGCUGCUGUUGUCCUACAGGAAGCACAGUGCCGAGAAACAGGUGCCCACUCUGAUGAUGGACGCCCAGUUUUCUGAAUUCACGCCCGACAUCACGCCCAUCAUGCUCGCCGCCCACACCAACAACUACGAGAUCAUCAAGCUCCUGGUCCAGCGUAAGGUCACCAUCCCGCGGCCGCACCAGAUCCGCUGCGACUGCGUGGAAUGCGUCUCCAGCUCGGAGGUGGACAGCCUGCGUCACUCCCGAUCCCGUCUCAACAUCUACAAGGCCUUGGCCAGCCCCUCGCUGAUCGCGCUCUCGAGCGAGGACCCCAUACUCACGGCGUUCCGGCUGGGCUGGGAGCUGAAGGAACUCAGCAAAGUGGAAAACGAGUUCAAGCAGGAGUACGAGGAACUUUCCCAGCAGUGCAAGCUCUUCGCCAAAGACCUGCUGGACCAGGCCCGCAGCUCGCGGGAACUGGAGACCAUCCUCAAUCACCGCGACGACCACAGCGAAGAGCUUGAUCCCAGGGAGUGCAGAGAUCUGGCCAAGCUUAAACUGGCCAUUAAGUACCAUCAGAAAGAGUUUGUGGCUCAGCCGAACUGCCAGCAGCUGCUGGCCACGCUGUGGUACGACGGGUUCCCAGGCUGGAGAAGGCGUCACUGGGCGGUCAAACUGGUGACGUGUUUCAUCAUCGGUCUUCUCUUCCCCGUUUUCUCCCUCGUCUACCUGCUGGCGCCCAAGAGCGCGCUGGGUCUCUUCAUCAAGAAGCCUUUCAUUAAGUUCAUCUGCCACACUGCCUCCUACCUCACCUUCCUCUUCCUCCUCCUCCUCGCCUCCCAACACAUCGUCCGCACCGACUUACACGUGCAAGGUCCUCCGCCAACCAUUGUGGAAUGGAUGAUACUGCCCUGGGUGCUCGGAUUCAUCUGGGCGGAGAUUAAGGAGAUGUGGGAUGGCGGUUUCAACGAAUACGUCCACGACUGGUGGAACCUGAUGGAUUUUGCUAUGAACUCACUCUACUUGGCCACCAUAUCGCUCAAAAUAGUGGCUUAUUUAAAGUACAACAGCUCCCGCCCUCGUGAGGAUUGGGAAAUGUGGCAUCCGACGUUAAUCGCCGAGGCUCUGUUCGCCAUCGCCAACAUCUUCAGCUCGCUUCGCCUGAUCUCGCUCUUCACGGCCAACUCGCAUUUGGGACCGCUGCAGAUCUCACUGGGGCGAAUGUUACUGGACAUCCUCAAGUUUCUCUUCAUCUACUGUCUGGUGCUGCUAGCCUUCGCCAACGGCCUAAACCAGCUCUAUUUUUACUACGAGACGCAGGCUUCCGACGAGCCCAACAACUGUAAGGGAAUCCGCUGUGAGAGGCAGAACAACGCUUUCUCCACGUUGUUCGAGACGCUCCAGUCUUUGUUUUGGUCAAUAUUUGGUCUGCUCAACCUCUACGUGACUAAUGUGAAGGCAAGACAUGAAUUCACCGAGUUUGUCGGCGCCACCAUGUUUGGCACUUAUAACAUCAUCUCUCUGGUGGUGCUGCUCAACAUGCUCAUCGCUAUGAUGAAUAACUCCUACCAGCUCAUUGCUGACCAUGCUGACAUUGAGUGGAAGUUUGCCAGGACCAAGCUGUGGAUGAGCUACUUUGAUGAGGGCGGAACACUGCCCCCUCCCUUCAACAUCGUUCCCAGCCCAAAAUCAGUGUGGUACCUGUGUGUGUGGCUCCACAGCCGUCUCAGCGGUAACGGAGAGCCCAUGCCCGAAGAUGAGGCAAAACACGAGAAUUUAAAGGAGUUCACGGAGCGACAUGCUGACAACCUGCUUCAGAAUCAACACUAUCAGGAGGUGAUCAGGAACCUGGUGAAGAGAUACGUGGCCGCCAUGAUUCGCAGCGCCAAGACGGAUGAGGGACUGACGGAGGAGAAUUUCAAAGAACUAAAGCAGGACAUCUCCAGCUUCCGUUACGAGGUUCUGGACCUGCUGGGGAACCGCAAGCCACCUCGCAGGACCUACUCCUCCAGCAGCGAAGCCACGCUGCAGGACGAGGAGGAGGAGAAGGACAGACAGUCUCAAGGAAGGAGGGACGCCUCUUCCAAAGCCAGGGGAGUCUCCUUCGCUCCCCCCGAGAGGAAGGGCCGGGAUUCUCCGUACGGCAUCUCCGCGCUUUUCCGAUCCAUGUCCAGGGCGGAAGACUCGGGCGAGCGCCCACCGAAGACCAACGGUCUGAGGAAGAACUCGUCUUCGUCUCUGUCCUGGGCGUCCUUCGCGCGACACAGCAGCAGGCUGCAGCGCUUUUCCCGCUCCAAGAAGAAAUCCCUCCGGCAGCUGGGUCUGUUCUUCUCCCGCAUGAACGGACACGUGGCCGCCGGCGCCGGCGGCGGGGGAGGCGGGCCGAGCCGAAGCCGGAGCUCCAGCCCGGGCCGGUCUCGGCCCGCGUACAGCAUCUCCGACGGGGUCCUGCGGCCGCCCGCCGGCUCGUGGCCGCCCGACGCCCGGAAACUUCCGGAAUCGCGGGCGACUCGGAGCGAGGUGCAUCUCAACACGCUGGGGGCCGAGUCGGCCAAGACGGACCGGGACCAGGCCCCGACCCCGGCUCCGUACCCCGAACAAUCAGUUUCACAGCAGGCAAACGGCAGAGACAGCCUUGUCCUCAGGACCCAGGGUCCCUCCUCGCUGACCUCCCUGCACUGUGCUUCCAGCCUUAUGGCCUCCAGCUCCCAUCUGCUGUCCUCCAGCGAAGAUCUCUGUCAGGGCUGGGUGGGGCCCUGCGAGAGCAUGGGCUCCACCUACUGGGAGCAAGAGGAAUCUGUCACCACACAGCUGUAG